AUCAUCUCAGGCAUCAUAUAUAUAGUGAUAGUGAUAGAUACAUCUAUUGAAUCAACACAUACUAUACAUAGUGUGUGAGAAAAAAAUAUAAAAAAAAAAGGAAAGAAUAUACACAUAGUUAGUUGUAGUAAUCAUUUUAAGAAAUUAAGAUGGCAGCUGGGAACUCGGCUACUCUCACAUUUGCAGUUGGCCUUGUUGGCAAUGUUAUUUCAUUGUUGGUAUUUCUUUCUCCAUUACCAACAUUCUACAAAGUGUACAAGAAGAAAUCAACCUCCGGAUUUCAAGCAACACCUUACAUCGUUGGCUUGUUCAGUGCGAUGCUUUGGAUAUAUUAUGCGCUGCUCAAGACUAAUGCCAUGCUUUUAAUCACAAUUAACUCUGUUGGAUGCUUCAUUCAAUCCUUCUACAUUUGCAUCUUUCUCUUUUACGCUCCAAAGAAGGCUAGAAUGAGGUGCUUGAUAGUCUUUGUGUCGUUGAUAAUUGUUGGGUUCGGAUUGAUAGUUGUGCUCACUUACUUUCUUGCUCAUGGAGCUACCCGUGGCGUGGUAGUUGGAUGGAUUUGCCUUGUGUUUUCCUUGUGUGUUUUUCUUGCACCUUUGGGGGUUUUGAAAAUAGUUAUUCAAUCAAAGAGUGUAGAAUUCAUGCCAAUUCUAUUGACAGUUGCACUCACCGUCAAUGCCGUUGUAUGGUUCGGUUAUGGUUAUCUUCUCCGUGAUAUCAAUAUUGCGAUUCCAAAUAUACUUGGGUUCCUCUUUGGUGUUGUUCAAAUGAUCUUGUACUUCGUAUUCAAGUACAAGAAACGAUCAGCCACGCAUAAAAUGACUGACAAUCUUGAAGAGGGAAGCGAUGAGGGCGAAAAGAUCCCAGAAGAAGAAGUGAAAAAAGAAGUAAAAGUGAUCGGUAUCGCAAUGGGAGUUCUAAUCUGUGCUGAAAUUCCUACACUAAACAGAAGUAAAUCAUCACUUCCCGUGUCUUCAAAACUAGACAAAAGUGUAUCACUGAUGCCGGUACGUGGUGCAACACUAAGUAAAAAUAAAUCGAUGAUUCCUGUGGCUAAAGCAAACCUAAACAAAAGUAAAACAAUGAUUUCUAUGCCUGCAACGCUAAAUGAUCGAGAUAUACACGGUGAUUUGCCAGCUGAUAGUAAUCAUCAUUCUGUGGCUAUUAGUCCUCCAUCUGAAUCACCUCAAACCAUUGAAACUGCAACGACACAGUGAUCAUAUAAAUUAUGUUGCGCCACGGUACUAUUUGUAUCUUUCAAACAGCUCGAGCUGUUAGCUAGAGUUUUUAUCAAUUAACUCGAGCUGUUAGCUAGAGUUUUUAUCAAUUAACUCGAGCUUGUACUUAAAGCAUAUAAAUCAAAUUUAGUAUAAUCUAAUUGCUAAGUCAAGCUUGAGCUUAUAAAGGCUUGACAUAUUUUGAAUGCA